GGUAGGGUUAGGGUAGGGGUAAGGUGGGGGGAGGGUAGGGUUAGCGUUAGCGGUAGGGUAGGAGUAAGGUAGGGGUAGGGUAGGGUAGGGUUAGGUAGGUUUACGAGCAGGGUAAGGUAGAGGUAGAAAAGUUUACAUAAAUUUUUACGCGGACGAAGUCGCGGGCGUCCGCUAGUGUAAGUAUAUACUCGUGCUAAAUUACAUCUUUCUAGUAGUAAUAGUCUCUGCGCUAAACCGCGGACAGACAGUCAAAGCGAAAAUACAAGGGUUCCUUGUAGGCUUCGGAACCCUAACUAGUGACGCCCGUGAGAUCCCAUUAAGGAGCCAACAGCUUUUACACAAUCUGAAAAAAGAUAUACGAGUAUAUACUAUUAUGUUUCAGGUACUUGUAAUAUUUACACUGUUCUGGACCGCUCUAACAUGGGGGUUUCAACAAGGACAAAUAACGGGCAUGAUCUCAGCUUUGCAGAAACAUGACGAAAGCAUUACAUUCAAUGAGGGACAAAUAUUUUUAAUAGUGGCAUUACCGUCCCUUUGCUGUGUAUUUGGAAUCUUAUAUGUCGCUGUGUUGGACGAAAAACUUGGAAGAAGAUGGUGUCUGAUAGCGGGAUGUACACCAUCUUUCGUAAAUUGGUUAAUACUUUACUAUGCGAGUACAUUCACUUCCUUCGUGUUAUCGAGAUUUCUGGCUGGUAUUUCUUCGGGAUCAUUGUGGCUAUUAACUAUGUCUGCCACAACAGAAUAUACGUUAACUAAAUCUAGAGGAUUGUUUCUCAGUAUUGUAUUAGUACUAUUACCAGCAUUUGGUACAGCAUUGGGUCAUAUACUUGGAAUAUUGUAUCACUGGAGAACUUUAGCCCUUGUGGGAAUAAUUACAACGGCGAUCACUGUUAUUAUGCCAUACUUCUGCGUGGAAAGUCCGCAUUGGCUGGCUUCGAGAGGCCGGUUCGAGGAAUGUGAGCGUUCGUUUAGAAAACUUCACGGUAGUGACGCCAGCACUGAACAUGAGCUUCAACUGUUAAUAAAGUUAGAGUACAACAAACAGCAAGCAGCCGACAAAAUGAAUUCAAAGCACGUGUUACAGAAACUUAUGUUGGCGGCUAAGGAAAAAUAUUUUUGGAAAUUGAUGUUUAUGUCUAUCGUCGUAUACAUUUACUAUUCGGCGGCUGGGAAAGUCGUAUUUAGCAAUUUAGCAACUGUUAUGCUGGGGGAAAUCACCGGCACAUCUGAUGUUUUAAUAUACACGCUCGUAGUGGACGGUUUCAUUUUUAUAGGAACGUGUAUUUCGUGCGUAUUAAUUAAGAAGAUGCCGAUUCGUGUGUUGCUGUUCUCGUCAGGGUUGGCUGCUAAUGUGAUAUUGAUAACUUUGAGCGCGUGUCUCUAUUUCAAAAGCACUGAAGGCUACUUUCAAUGGAUCAACGUAAUACUACUGGCGCUGUAUUUCAUCGUGACAAACGCUGGCCCCUACCCUGUUAUGGAGGUCCUCUUAGGAGAAAUGUUUCCCGUGGAACUGAAAUUGUAUUGCUUUUUGUUAUCAUCACCAAUAGGAGUAAUUGGGACUUUUGUUUGUAUAAUAACAUUGCCCGGCAUAGUCGGUGUUAUGGGGUAUUACGGUUUGUUUUUAUUGAACUCAGCCGUCAUGUUCGGCUGUCUUGCUUACCUUUAUGUAUACAUGCCAGAAACAAAAGGGAGGACGAUGCAGGAGAUAGAAAUAUACUUUAAGACAAACAGUUUUGAGAUCGAUAAAAUAUUGAAUACUAAUGAACAGAAUAAGGUCCUUAUCUAAUGCUCAAUAAUUCGUUGUGACACGCAAAAGUUAAGUGACCAGUGUAGUAGUUACGAUUAUUAAGUUUUAUUUAUGGAUGAAUCAAUAAAAACGUCUAUUAUUACCUAUGCAUAUGAUUUUUUCUAUAUUAUUAUCUACCUUUCUUUCCUUUCCGGCUGGAUAAAUAAUAAUCAUUUAUAAAUAUAUAUAUUUAGAAACCUUAUAUAUUUAAACUUGAAC